AAUUUAGAAGGGAACAACUAUAUAUACAACACAAAUUAGUAUUAGCUCUAGGAAUACUAAUUAGCAGUAUGGCUGAGGAAGAAGCAAUGAAGCUGUUUGGCACUUGGAGAAGCCCUUUUAGCCGCAGAGUGGAAAUAGCUCUGAAGCUCAAAGGUGUCGACUUCAAAUACUAUGAAGAGGAUCUGACCAACAAGAGCCAUCUGCUUCUCAAAUACAACCCAGUUCACAAGAAGAUUCAUGUGCUCGUCCACAACGAAAAACCGAUUGUAGAGUCCCUUGUCAUUCUUGAAUACAUUGACAAGACCUGGAAAGAAGGAUUCCCCAUAUUGCCUAAAGACCCUUGUCAAAGAUCACAUGCACGCUUCUGGGCUAGGUUCCUUGAUGAAAAGGUAAUAAAAUACAAUGUUUUGCAUUUGGGGACUCGUUUGUUCGACAGUGUUUUUAGAAAUGUUAACUUGUUUAGUAGAAAUAGUUAAAAGUGCUUCAUGAAAAAGUACUUGUCACGUAGUUCCUGGAUGCUUCACAAGGAACCACUUCCGAGUGUAAUUCUGUACUUUGUCGAAAAAUGUCAUAUGCUAGC